AUCAGACUAGCUAUGCCCCUAUUCCUCCAAACCAGAAUAUAACAGCACAUGCGGUCUUUUGAAUAAUUUGUCUAUGUUUAUGUGAAGUGGUGUUGUGCAUGAAAUCAAAUACUUACUAAAAACCUGUAUUAACACGCGUCUUUAAAAUACUAAUAGAAAACAAUUUAAGAAUUUUUUUUAAAAGCAUACCUUCUUUGGAAAUAGGGUAUUAAUACGACAUGGACAUGUUUUACCCCGAGUAACUUCGUGCUAAAUCAUUUUGACAAGGAGUCGGAGUGGGACUCUGCGACUGGACCUUCCUGGGCAGAUGACGGCUUUCUCCAGUUCGGACUGGUAUCCUCUGACUGUGAGACCUUGAGGUGUGUGUCCGUGGGAACAUAAUAAUGAGACUCACCUCUGAUACAAACCGGGAAGGGAACAGCAGCAACGGGAAGCUAACAGGCGAUGUAGAGUCACCAUUGUUUUCUAAUACAAUGUCAUUUUCCUUCCUGCUGGAGUGGUAUUGAAACAAGAGAACCAACAAACCAAGCCAUGGUCUGUGGAUGGGAAGGAGGCGUGGCCAGUAUAAGAGACGGGGAAAGGGGGGGGGGGUGGAGAAGGAGGAUGUGAGGAGGGUAGACGGACUGUAGCGGCAAUGCCUUGCAUUUCUUACGAUGCUGCCGCUGAAGUUGUUCCCCUUCCCUGAAGAACAUCUCUUUUCAUAAAAUCUGACCGACAAACCCUUUUCGUCUCCUGGACCUGCUGGAGAAGCUUGAUCUUCAUCUGUGAGAUUGAGAGACUCCCACCCAUCCUAUCCGGCAGAAGGAACAGAGACAAUCCUAUACGGAGCCUCAGCAACCAGCAGCAAACAUCAGAAGGCAUGUGGGACGUGGGGGCGGUCUCGCCCGCUUCCUAGGGGAACCCGGGUCCCAGCUCCCUGUCAGGCAUUAUCCAAGGAAGGUGCGGGGCGUAAUGGGGGACUGGAGUCUUUUGGGGAACUUCCUUGAAGAAGUGCAGGAACACUCAACCUCCGUGGGCAAGGUCUGGCUCACCGUCCUCUUCAUCUUCCGCAUCCUGGUGCUGGGCACGGCAGCCGAGUCCUCCUGGGGCGACGAGCAGUCCGACUUCACGUGCGACACCAAGCAGCCGGGCUGCACCAACGUGUGCUACGACGCCGCCUUCCCCAUAGCCCACAUCCGCUACUGGGUGCUACAGAUCGUGUUCGUCUCCACGCCCUCGCUCAUCUACAUGGGACACGCCAUGCACGUGGUGCGGGCGGAGGAGAAGCGGCGGCAGCGGGAGGAAGAUCGCGGCGGAGCCGAGAAGGAGUACCUGGAGCAGAAGGAGGCAGAGAAAACCAAGGGCAGAAUCCGCCUUAGGGGGGCGCUGUUGCACACGUACGUGCUCAGCAUCCUCAUUCGCACCGGCAUGGAGGUGGCCUUCGUCGUUGGCCAGUACAUGAUCUAUGGAAUCUUCCUCAAAGCCUUGUACACGUGCAAGACGCAGCCGUGCCCCAACACGGUCAACUGCUACGUGUCGCGGCCCACAGAGAAGAACAUCUUCAUCGUGUUCAUGCUGUCGGUGGCCGGGGUCUCUCUUCUUCUCAGUGUGGUCGAGCUCUACCACCUGGGCUUGAAGGCUUUCAAGCGGUGCGUAAAGGCCUACGUUGCCGCCCACGCCCUGGAAGUCCAGCCGGCUGCCAUGACAGUAGCCAGCCACGAGCCCAACACGCCAAGGACCAACGACUCAUGCACCCCGCCCCCCGAUUUCAACCAAUGCCUGUCUACAGCACCCCCCCACCCGCACACCAGCUGCCAGCCCUUCAGCAACAGAAUGGCUCACCAGCAGAACUCGGCCAACUUGGCCACCGAGCGCGAUCGCACCCAUGACCCCCCCUGGGAGGAGGACUUCCUGCAGUUGAGCUAUGACCCAGACAGCAAGGCUCCCUGCAGCCUCCUCAAGGGGAAAGGCUGCCCAAGCAAAGCCAGUGACUCCUGUGGGCGGGCACGACCAAGUGACCUGGCGGUAUAGACCCGCCCCCAAUGGGUGGGACUAACAUGCCUACAAAGAUGAAGGACCUGACAACUGGAUAGGGAAUUCUGGGAUACCAACAGGCAUUUUUCUUUACUUCCCUUUACUGAUUACAUCAGUAGUUGUGACCAUUUGGACAUGUUUACAUUUAUUAAGGUCCUGGACUAAAUGCUACUGACUGGAUUCCCAGGGGGCCAUUCUGUUGUAUCCUUGAGUGAGGUACUGAACUUGAACCACUCCAAUAAGACCCAGCUAUACAAGUGGGUAAAAAAACGUAAGUUUUUCUGGAUGCAAGUGUCAUCGAGGAAGAAAAAUACCAAGUUAGGACUAUAUAAGGCAGCGCAGAAACAAAUAUUUUGAUACAGGGUUAAUAGUUUUGUUUUGAUACUGUCUGACACCUUGAAAACUUGAAAGAUAUUUAUGAUGUACAAUAAGCAAUCUCAAUAUUUAUAAUAUGAAGAUUAAACUUUGAUCAUGAAAAUUCAGUUUUGCUUGGUAGAUCUCAUUUCAAGUAAAAAUAAAAAAAGCAGAAUUAAACCAUAUUUCAAAAUGAAGUAGAACUGGAUUUGCUUUGAUGUCAUGAGCUAAAACUAUCCCUCUCACACGAGGGCAGAGAUCAGCCGCCCAGGAGAAGCAGAACCCGCAUAUUGUGUGCAGAAGUGCAUAUAGGGGUGGGGACACAGGGGCACAGGCCAUAACUGAAAGCUGGUUGGAUCCAGAGUGACCCCUUCCCUGUCACUGGCCCCUCUCAUGGUCCCAAACUUAUAAAAUCCUAGAAUUACCUCUGUGUGAAUUGCGACUUCAUGGACAGGCCAGGCCCCAUGUGACAUGUAAAAUCUCGCCACUAUACAUAAAUUAAAGGGCCGCAUGUUGAGACAGGCCUGCUGUGUGUUUGCAGAGGUGCUAUUUCCAUGGCGGAAAUGAUCCAUAUGACUGUCAGAAUUCAACAAGCGAUAUUUAUUCACACAAUUCUCGGAUAACUGGAUAACUUCCCAUCAGACCCUGGGAGAUGCAGAUCACUAAUCACCAUGUAACAUUAGUCAGACUUUCAAUGUGCCAGAGGCACUGAAAAUGUCAUUAAACUGGACAGGUAAAGAAACAAAAGUCAAUUGACACAAACCUUCACCCGGCUAAACCGCUAUUAAAAUGCUUCCACUGUUUUGCUUUAAGUUCACUUAGACAUUUACAAGUUAAACUGUGAAAAAACUGUGACUUCUGGUUGAACUGCAACUUGCAGGAAUGAGCUUCUAUUCAUCUUAUUAAAUCAGUCUUUUAAAAUUAUUUUCCAAAUUCCUGCAAAUGUGCUCUGUUUUUUAUCAGUAUUUAAGAGGAUGGUGUGGUUCCUUCCUUUCUGUGUGCAUGACUUUUGGGGAAUCAGAGAGUUACUCAUGUAGUUAAAGAUACACAGCAAAUCUGAGCUUUUUUAUACUAAAGUCGAUGAGUUUUGCCCGUCAUACAUGUAUAACUUGGAUAUCU